GAGAAAGAAAGCUAGUACUUCUCUUGUGAAUACACACUAUAAGGGUGAAAGGUUUGAUAUCCUAUAGUAGAAAUAUCUUCUAAGCUGAGUCGGCCAGGCAUGGACGCAGCAGGAUUGGGUGUUUCAGCACCCGCGUGUUGCUGCCGGCGACGCUCCUCGCAAUUGUGUCGAGCAGCAUCAAGGCAAGACGAUGCAAGCACUGCGGAAGAAUCAAGUGCUGGUAAGAGCCGAAGAGUGGCGGUUGUGAGCGCCAUCUCCGCAAUGCUAGUGCUUGGGUCCCGGAGAGCAAGAGCGGCAGUAGAGGCACCACCAUCAGUAUGCCGGAAUUGCAAUGGCUCGGGAGCAGUGCCAUGUGAUAUGUGUGGAGGGACUGGAAAGUGGAAAGCUCUCAGCAGGAAGCGAGCCAAGGACGUGUACGAGUUCACCGAGUGUCCCAAUUGCUACGGACGUGGAAAGCUGGUUUGCUCCAUCUGCUUAGGCACCGGACUUGGCAACACAAAGGGCUUGCUCCGCAGGCCCGAGUCCAAAAAGCUCCUGGAUCAGAUGGUGAACGGCCGACUGCUGCCAGACAUGUAAUACUUAUAGGCUCUGCUAGAGUGUAAUCCAAGCUCAGAUCGAAAGAAAAAGAGAAAGAAAACCAGCAAUUCACUGGAAAGAAGCAUGGAAAAGUGUAAAGUCUAAGCAAGGAAAGCUGCCAUUGUCAUUGUCA